AUGCUAGAAGGGCGCUCCAGCACUGGAUUGCACUGCAACCUGUACCGGCUCAAUGUGGAUCUCAUCUCUGCUUGUGAACGGGCGAUGACUCCUGUGGGCUUGGACGCCGUAGUGGCUGACCUGGUCUCCGUGUCUCAGAAUGCCACCGCGGGGGGGUCACUGGACAUCUCUGUGGCCACCAGAGCUCUAAUCCUGCUGGUCUGCGUGCUGCUGGUCGCCUGGAGCCACACGGACAAGACAGCUGUACCAGGUCCUUCUUUCUGUCUGGGUUUGGGGCCACUUCUGUCAUAUCUGAGGUUCAUCUGGACUGGUAUCGGCACAGCCAGCAACUACUACAACAAGAAGUAUGGAGACAUUGUCAGAGUCUGGAUCAAUGGAGAGGAGACCCUCAUACUCAGCAGGGCAUCAGCGGUGCACCAUGUACUGAAGAACGGACAUUACACGUCCCGUUUUGGGAGCAGGCAGGGGCUCAGCUGCAUCGGCAUGAAUGAAAGAGGCAUCAUAUUCAACAACAAUGUAGCUCUGUGGAAAAAGAUACGCACCUAUUUCACCAGAGCCCUGACCGGUCCGGGCUUGCAGCAGACAGUGGAGGUCUGCCGCUCCUCCACACAGACUCACCUAGACAAUCUGGACAGUUUGGGUCAGGUGGACGUGCUCAGCGUGCUGCGCUGCACCGUGGUCGACAUCUCCAACAGGCUCUUCCUGGGUGUGCCUGUGAAUGAGAAAGAGCUGCUGCUGAAGAUUCAGAGGUAUUUUGACACAUGGCAGACUGUGCUGAUCAAACCAGACAUUUACUUCAAGUUUGGCUGGAUUUACCAGAGGCACAAGGCAGCAGCCCAGGAGUUGCAGGAUGCCAUAGAGGCCCUUGUGGAACAGAAGAGGAGAGAUAUGGAGCAGGCAGACAAACUGGACAGCAUCAACUUCACUGCAGAGCUCAUAUUCGCACAGAACCACGGCGAGCUGACUGCAGAGAACGUGAGGCAGUGUGUGCUGGAGAUGGUGAUCGCAGCACCAGACACUCUGUCCAUCAGCCUCUUCUUCAUGCUGCUGCUCCUCAAGCAGAAUCCAGAUGUGGAGCUGCAGCUGCUGCAGGAGAUAGACACGGUUGUAGGUGAGAGACAGCUUCAGAACGGGGACCUUCAGAAGCUGCAGGUGCUGGAGAGCUUCAUCAACGAAUGCCUGCGCUUCCACCCUGUGGUGGACUUCACCAUGCGUAGAGCCCUGUCUGAUGACGUCAUAGAUGGCUACAGGGUACCGAAGGGCACAAACAUCAUCCUGAACACCGGCCACAUGCACCGGACAGAGUUUUUCCUCAAACCCAAUGAGUUCAGCCUGGAAAACUUCGAAAAAAAUGCUCCUCGCCGUUACUUCCAGCCGUUCGGUUCAGGGCCUCGCGCCUGCGUUGGGAAGCACAUCGCCAUGGUGAUGAUGAAAUCCAUCCUGGUAACGUUGCUCUCACAGUACUCUGUUUGCCCCCAUAAGGGCUUGACCCUGGACUGCCUCCCACAGACCAACAACCUCUCCCAGCAGCCCGUAGAGCAUCAGCAGGAGGCCGAAUAUCUCAGCAUGAGAUUCUUACCCAGACAGAGAGGUAGCUGGCAAACACUCUGA